GUCAUAGGACUCAAUAAAUGUAGUGCCUUACAAGUCUCCCGAUGUCGCUCCUUUGACAAACCCACCGUUUCCGAAACGGUGUCGUUUUCAUUAAGGGUACCAGCAAACUCUUCUCUCACUAGUUCAAAGCAAGGGACCUCUCAAGGGUGUUUCCGUAAUUGUAAAAUAUCCCCCUAAAACGAUUACGCCUAGAGAGAGAGAGAGAGUCAUCAACACCACAAUUUCACGACGACGGAGAAGAAGAAGAAACUCUUAUCAUCAUCAUCUCUAUGUGUCUAAUGGCGUUAUCAGACGCGGUUCUCGGGAAUCUUGCGACGAUCUAUGUUGCGGUGAUCAUAGCGAUCAAGGUCUACGGAUUAAUCUCCGGCCAGAGCUUCAGCGCAGGAUUCGUCGUCGUCGUCUCGAUUACGACGGUCGGAGUUUUGCUCGCGGUUACUCUCGCCUGGGACGUGUCUCGCAGAGCCGCCGACGCGGUUUCUCGGUACAACCGCGUUGUUGCCGGCGAGGAUCUAAGCCACCGUCACAAUCACGACGGUGGUGGUGGAAUUUGUAAAGGAGGGAUUUGCUGGCACGGCGUUGCGGUUCGGUCGCCGGCUUCUCAGGUUCGGUUUAGGCUUCCGCAACAUAUACCGUACGGAGCUUUCUGAGUACAUAACAUCCUGUGUGUAUAGAUUAUAGACAUAAGGACAAUGUUUCUGUAUAAUAGAUGAUAUUGGUGUGAAAGUUAAAAGAGUUUUGUUUUUUGUAUUUUUCUUUUUUUUUUUUUUUGAACUGGAGUUUUGUUUUUGUAUUGAUAUGUUGUAAUGUCUUAUAGCGAUGAUUAUAAAUGUUCUUUGUUAUUGUAAUAUCGAUUUCUGAGCAAUAAAGUUGAGAGUUUUUUUUUC